CGGAGCCCCAAGCGCUCCCCGCCCCCAAGGCUGGGCCGCUGGGACGCGGAUCCGCGGGCAGACCGCGGCCGGGGACGGCGAAGGACGCGCUCCGCGCUCCGCGCUCCGCGGCCAGGCGCAGGGGUCCGGCCCGCCGCCGCCAGUCGCCACCAGGCCCAGGGCCCCGGCCAGCGCCAGGGCCGCUGGGAGACCCGGCCAGCACCACGGACGGCACCCAGGAAGCCCGGGUGCCCCUGGACGGGCCUUCUGGGUUCCCAGGCCCCCAGCGGGCUCGCCCAAGGGCUGCUUCGCCUGUGUGUCCAAGCCCCCGGCCCUGCAGGCCGCGGCGGGCCCCCGAGGCCUCCGCCUCCCCCCCGAUGGCGCCCACCCUGUUCCCCAUGGAGUCCAAGAGCAGCAAGACAGACAGCGUGCGGGCCGCGGGGGGGCCCGCACCCUGCAAGCACUCGGCCGAGAAGAAGACCAUGACCAACCCCGCCACGGUCAUCGAGGUGUACCCCGACACCACGGAGGUGAACGACUACUACCUGUGGUCCAUCUUCAACUUCGUCUACCUCAACUUCUGCUGCCUUGGCUUCAUUGCCUUGGCCUACUCCCUCAAAGUCCGGGACAAGAAGCUGCUGAACGACCUGAACGGAGCCGUGGAGGACGCCAAGACGGCGCGGCUGUUCAACAUCACCAGCUCGGCGCUGGCGGCCUCCUGCCUCGUCCUCGUCUUCAUCUUCCUGCGGUACCCGCUCACGGACUACUGAGGCCCGCGCCGCUCCCCUCCCGUCACCGAGAUGCGGGGGGGGGGGGGGGUCCCCAAGCCCCGCCGCCCCGCCGCCCGC